UCGUUAAAUCCGAGAUACCACAGAUCGGUAUUACAUUUCUCAAUGCUGUGACGCCUCGUACUUCCGGUUUACAUAGCAUUAAUUUCGUGGGAGGGGUAGUGUUUUUGUUUGAAUACUUGGCUCACACAAGUGAAGGUGUUGUUUCCAGCGGUCUAAAUGUAAGGUGGGUCAUCAAGAAAACAAAAGAUCCAUAUAUCUGGAAAAAACAUGGCCAUUUUUAGUGUCUAUGUCAUCAACAAAGCCGGGAGUCUGAUUUAUCACUACGACCACACGUCAAACCGCCCUGAGGUCGAGAAAACCUUUAGUUUUCCUCUGGAACUGAAACUCAAAAUAUUUGACGAACGAGUUGUUGUGGCAUUCGGAGAACGAGAUGGCAUUAAAGUUGGACACACGGUACUGUCUGUCAACGGAAUUCAAGCGGAGGGACGUUGCUUAAAAGAUGGAAGAGACAUCAUUGAAGUGCUAAAUGACGAGAAAAAAUAUCCAAUCAACAUCAAGUUCGGACGACCAAAGCUGACAUCAAAUCAGCGUAUAAUGCUCGCCAGUAUGUUUCAUUCAUUGUUCGCAUUCGGAACACAACUUUCGCCCGAACCCAGAUCAUCAGGAAUCGAGGUUUUAGAGACAGACACUUUUAAACUUCAUUGCCAUCAAACAAUGACGGGCAUCAAAUUUGUCGUGCUAACAGAUCCUAGACAGACAGCAGUAGAAAUGCUGCUGAAGAAGUUGUAUGAGAUUUACGCUGACUUUGCUUUGAAGAACCCGUUUUAUUCUUUAGACAUGCCUAUCAGAUGUGAACUGUUUGAUGACAACCUUAAAGGUGCCCUCGAACAAGCUGAGCGACUUGGAAUCAGCAACAUAUGAUAUUAUUGAACAAUUGAUUUGUGAAAUAUGUUGCAUAUGUAUGACAUGUGUCUGUAUUAUGUGCACUGAUUAUGUUGGUUCAGUGUUACUAUGUUAUAAAGCUUAGCUGUUGCAAGUGUUCACUAAAAAUAUGAAGAUUUA